AUGGGUCUCAAAAUCAUCAUCAUCGGCGGCAGUGUAGCCGGCCUCACCCUAGCAAACAUGCUCGAGAAGUUCGACGGCAUGGAAUACAUCCUCCUCGAAGCAUACCCCUCCAUCGCACCCCAAGUUGACGCCAGCAUCGGCCUCCUCCCCAACGGUCUGCGCAUCCUCGAGCAACUCGGAACGGGGUACCCGUGUGUAUGGCUAGAUAGAAAAAUGCUCCUCCAGACUCUAUACGAUAAUCUCAAGUAUAAGGAUAACGUCCUCCCGAACAAGCGCGUAGUCGGCAUCGAAACAACCGAGUCCGGAGUGACGGUCUACACCAAAGACGGAUCAACAUACAGGGGCGAUAUCCUCGUCGGCGCGGACGGAGUCCACAGCAUUGCCAGGGAAGAAAUGUGGCGAAUCGGCGAGAUAUCCAGACCGGAAAUCUUUCGACAGGGAGAAGAUACCAAUAAGUCAGCCUACGUCGCCAUCUCAGCCCCGCGAAACCGCGUCUACUGGUUCAUGUUCGUCGCCCUCAGGAAAACGCACCACGGCAGCGCCAAUAUCCCGCGCUUCACCAAGCUCGACGAGGCUGCGUUGGCGGCGGCGCAUGCUGAUGACCGAAUGACUGAGGACAUGACCUUUGGGCAGCUGUACGAUUCGAGGAUAACGUCGGCGCUUGUCGCCUUGGAGGAGAUUGUACUCGUCGGGGACUCGGCUCACAAGGUCCAUCCCAUAACAGCCCAAGGCGGCAACGGCGCAAUCGAAUCAGCAGCACACCUAAUCAACGCCUUAACCAAGCUCCCAGUCUCCGCCCAGUCUCCAGACUUCCCAGGUUCCCCUUUCACGGAAGAAACAAUCGAAGCAGCCCUCUCCACCCUCCACGCCUCCAGAUCCGCACGCGCAGAGAAAACAAUGCUCUCCGGCCGCCGCACAGGCUCACUCCUCUGUCUCGAUUUCCCCUUCUCAAAGUACCUCUUCCGAUGGCUGGUCCCCCGGCUCGGAGACGAUAUCUUUCUAAAGGAAAUGCUGGCUUACUCCGUCUCUGGGCCGCGGGUGGAAGGGUUGUCUGUCGUGGAGAGGGCGCAUAAGACUCCUUUUGAUGAUGAGGUGCCUCCGGGAGCGGGGACAACAUCGUGGGACCUGGGGACGUGGAGUAGUGGCACUUGGAUCUUGACUAUUCGUUCACUCAUGUCACCGCUGUGAGUCCCGAAUCGAAGCACGACUCACCACAACACUAACGGGGUUUGUAAACCGGUUACAACGAACUGGCAAAGCAUGGAUAUGAUACGCAUGCUUCACAUAGAACCCACCCAGCCUCAGAUACCUUGCUCUAGAGUCAGUCUUCAUGAUAAACUCGAGCUUAGCGUCAAAAUUGACGAAGACGCCUAACUUAGGAGUGAGAAAAGAUUACGAAAAGAAAGGAACGACG